AUGGAUACUCCUAUACAAAAGAACCAUCAACUUGGGAUGUUUUCCUUUAAUGAUCCAGAAGCUGAUCCUACUCGUUAUAGGGCCAUGAUAGGUUCCUUGAUGUAUCUUAAAGCAUCAAGACCAAAUAUCAUGUUUGCGGUUUGUAUGUGUGCACGUUAUCAGUCAUGUCCCAGAGAAAGCCAUAUGAAAGCAGUUAAGCGAUAUCUUCGCUACCUCAAAGGGAAACCAGUGUUGGGUCUUUGGUAUUCGAUUGGGGGAGACUUUAAGUUCAUAGCGUCUAUAGAUACUUACUAUGGUGGCUGCAACUUUGAUAGGAAAUCGACUUCAGGUGGAUGUCAGUUCUUAAGGGGGAGAUUGGUUUCAUGGCAAUGUAAGAAGCAAACUUCGGUUGCAAUCUCGUCUUGCGAGGCAGAAUAUAUGGCAGCUGUUAGAUGUUGUUCACAGGUUCUAUGGAUUCAGCAACAACUGCGCGAUUACGGUCAAAAUUUCCUUUGUACUCUCAUAAAGAUACACAAUUAA